CUGGCUGGGUGCCCAUGUUAUGCCUUUGGCAUGGUUACACUUUUCUGACAGCUGAGCGUUGGGACUCGGCCACAGAGGUGUCCAUGUGACAAGUUAAGCACACCAGUAUGCCAGCCAGGGCACCAACUAUGGCAAAUGGUCUAAUAAGGUCCGCUUGGUUAGCCUCACCCUCAGCAAGUCACAUCCUGGGCUCGCAUCACCGCCGAGCAGGAAGUUAAAAGUCUGAACUCAAAGGAAGCCCAGCAGAGAAGGAGGAAGCAGCCAAGUGUCGAGUGCAAGCGACCUGAAAGCCACCGCAAGGAGACCAGAGGGCCACAGGCGUGCUGGAGAGCCGAGGACAGCAGGGAUUCACCCACCUUGACUUGAGCGACCGGGAGAGCAGGCCUGAGAUGAACCUCAGAAGAGAGCAGAAACGGGCUCUGCUGCUUUGGCUCCUCAGCCUCGUCCUGCCCACGUUCAGCCAAGAUCACAUGUGUGAAGAGGAAUUCUUUGAGAAGGUCGCCCAGUGCUCCGGCCCCCCGGCCAACGGGUCUGGCCACGGACUUGACCAGUGUGCCAUCGACGUGUCCUGCCAGGUGUCCACUCAGUUCACUCUCGAUGUGGACAACUGCCAGCUGUUUCCGGGUCUCUGUGGCUCCAACGCCAAUUGCACCAAUACCGACAGCGGGUAUUACUGCAGCUGCCGCUCAGGCUAUCUGCCCAGCACUGGCAUCACCUGGAUUGUAAAUGAAACCCAGUGCCAAGGUAAGCCGAGCCCAUGUUGGGGUCUGACCACACAGACUUUAGGUCCGUGUACCAGAGAUGAUAACCAGGCUGGCAGAGGGGUAGACCACUUUGGCAGUGCAGGGCAGAGUCACCUUGAACUCUGAUCUCUCUUUGAUGGUACGGCAGAGUGGGCCAAAUAUAAUUAGACUGUGCCUGAAGUGCCCCCCAAAGGUGCUGACAUUUGUGGGAUGCCAAGAUGAAUGAGAAGGGCACAAUAGUCAAGGUAAGAGCAAUCCACUGGGCGGUCAUGCCAAGGCAAGCAGCAGCAAAGAAGUGGUGGACAGAGUGACCUGCUGAGCCUGAUGAAGACGCUGCUGGCCCUGGUGGUCCUGGUGGUCCUGGCACCUCUGGCCUGCCAGUUCUCAGUCCUCUCACCUUUUUCUUAUUUCAGAUAUUCAACUGAAGAAUUUUAGCGGUGGCUGUGAAAUUUCUAACUUAAAGGCAAGUAAAAACGCACCGGGGGGCUGCUGGGUGGGCUGCAGAAGGGGAGAGCGGCUGCGUAUUUUCUCAUAGGAAACUCCUG